AUAUAAAUGGAGUAUAUAUUAUUCUCAGUUUGCUAUAUUGUAAUUUUGUUCUUAUAUUUGUCUAACUAACAAGAAAAAGCGAUCAUUUCCAUCCAAAAGGAAUACGUUGACAAUUAUUCCCUUUCUUUUUUUCCUUAGUUUUUCUCUGGAAAUCGCAUAUUCUCUGCCAAACUAUUGUGAAAAAAGAAAUGUUGCCUAGAUUAUAAUCGUGCGGGGAUGGAACCACCACGUGUCAUCAUCUCCUUAGUGGUAGGCAAAUCACCGCAGAUUAGUCAUUUGCCAUAUAUACCCUCUUUUUCACGUGUUAUUGCCACAAUUCAAACUCCACUAUUUCGACGAUUCCUUCUCUUAUGCUCUCUCUGUUUCUCUCUCUCUCCGCUUCCCUUCGUUUCUUUCUGUGACGUGUACCAAAAUUUAGAACGCUUUUUUCUUUUCUUCUCUUUCCUUUUCCAAGAUGGCAACAAUCCAGAAACAAGAACUUGAAGAAGAUGAUGAAACCAGGAACGUUGAUCUCAGUAUCGACGGUGCUGCAGGUGAACAUCCGGACAAGGUAGACCCUACCACCAACUCCACGUUGUCAACGGAGGAGGUUGCUCUAAAGGAAGAGCCUGACACAGUGGAGAGAUCACCUUCGCCUCUUGGUGCGAUGCCCGUCGCAGUCCACGUGCCACCAGCGAUCAGCAUGCCGUUGGUGGCUGCUCCACCCAAAAGACCUUCUGCGAAGGACCGACACACCAAAGUGGAGGGUCGGGGCAGAAGAAUCCGAAUGCCCGCAACCUGUGCGGCUAGGAUCUUCCAGCUGACCAGGGAACUGGGCCAUAAAUCCGAUGGAGAGACCAUUAGGUGGUUACUUGAGCACGCGGAGCCAGCAAUUAUAGCCGCCACUGGAACCGGAACUGUUCCCGCUAUUGCCAUGUCUGUCAAUGGGACCCUCAAAAUCCCCACCACCUCUAAUGCAAAUUCCGAACCGGGCGACCCAUCCGUUAAAAAGAAGCGUAAACGACCCGCAAAUAGCGAGUACAUUGACGUAAGCGACGCUGUCGUUUCAGUCUCCGCGCCUCUUGCCCCGAUACCGACAGCACCACCGCAACACGCAGCUGCAGUAGUUCCUCAGGGUUUAGUUCCUAUGUGGGCCAUACCGUCUAACGGUGUCGUUCCUGGCGCGUUCUUCAUGAUACCGCCCAUGGCGACAUCUACUGCGGGACCUUCUAACCAACCCCAGAUAUUCACGUUCCCAGCUGCGGCUACGCCUCUAAUCAACAUAUCGGCGAGGCCGAUAUCAUCUUUCGUAUCGUCCAUGCAACAAGCUGCCAAUAUAGCAGUAACUAUGCCCGUUUCGAGUUCUCCUGUUUCUGAUUCAAAGCCUGCGAAAGCUACGUCAGUUAUGGCUCCAAGUUCAAGUUCUGCUCCCAUUAGUAGUACAACAAGCACCACCCAAAUGCUUAGAGACUUUUCCUUGGAGAUUUAUGAUAAACGGGAGCUCCAAUUCAUGACUCGAUCUUCGAAGCAUUGACAACAUGGAAAACAAGAAAGUGUUUUUGUUGUUUUUUUCCUCAUCUGUUGGCUCUUUUCCUUCAUUGAUGACUUUAUUGGGGUCCAAUUUCUGGUCUAUUCGCCAUUAACGAGUUCAUUUGAGCUCGAAAAUUGCCUUCUCUGAUGGGGAGAGAGAGCACGUACUCACGCGAGGAUGGGCUCUAAUGGUGGGCACGUGUAAAGUGGAUCACGAUUAGCCAGGGUGUGGGGUCCACCGUUUGUGGUGUGCCAACACUCAACCGAAAAUGCAAAGGGUAAGACACUGAAGACUCAGCUCCCUGGACCGUGCAGUGCAAAAACAUUAGUGUGUUCUUUUUAAAGAGUGGGGCAACCUCAUUGCUCUCUCAUGUGAUGGGGCGCGGGCCCAAAAAGGGUGGGCUCUAAGGGACUGUUUCGACAUAGUUUACAGGGCGGCCGCGUGGUGGUCCCUACCAGGUUGGUUUGGUGGUCCGGUCAGAGCAGUGGAAAAGUAAUACAUGGGGUGGAGAUGAGACACGUGUCCGACGUAAUCUGUAAAUCUGGGUCGUCUCUUUGUAUCUGACACGUUGGGUGAUUGUUUCCGUGGGCCUGAUUGUAGUUUCUUUUAAAAGGAAAACGGAAAGGUGAUGACUGAUGAGGAUCAUAUUGGAAUUGGAUGCCGCUGAUCUUUAUUUGUCUUGUAAUAUCAGAGAGUUACAACCAAAUAAAAAUGUACCCUGUAACAUAUUAUUUCUCC